CGGCAAUAUAACGCAUUAAGAUUUUGGCAACGGUACAUCAAAUCUUUUCGUGGAUGGAGGAAUAACCAGUAUCUAAAUUUGUGUGUGUGUAGGGUCUGUAAAUUUUAAAUCAUGAAACUCAACAUUUCUUAUCCCGCUACUGGUUGCCAGAAGCUUAUUGAAAUAGACGAUGAAAAAAAACUUCGUAUGUUUUAUGAAAAACGUAUGGGACAUGAAGUUGAAGCUGAUGGAUUGGGAGAUGAAUGGAAAGGAUAUGUUGUCCGUAUCAGUGGAGGUAAUGACAAACAAGGAUUUCCCAUGAAACAAGGUGUGCUUACAUCUGGUCGUGUGCGACUUCUAUUGUCAAAAGGACACUCUUGUUAUAGACCAAGAAGAACUGGUGAAAGAAAACGCAAAUCUGUUAGGGGCUGCAUCGUUGAUAGCAAUUUAAGUGUAUUGUGCUUGGUAGUUGUAAAGAAAGGCGAACAGGAAAUUCCAGGCCUUACAGACACUACUAUUCCUCGUCGUCUGGGACCCAAGAGAGCUAGUAAAAUUAGGAAACUUUUCAAUUUAUCUAAAGAAGAUGAUGUACGUCAAUUUGUUGUGAAGAGGCCUUUGCCUCAGAAGGAAGGUAAAAGACCACAGACCAAAGCUCCCAAAAUCCAACGUCUUGUGACUCCCGUAAUGCUGCAGCGAAAGCGUCAUCGUAUUGCUCUGAAGCGCAAGAGGGCACAGAAGCGAAAGGAUGAAGCUGCAGAUUAUGCUAGACUUUUGGCUCAAAGAGCUAAGGAGGCCAAGGAAAAGAGAGCAGAGGAAGUUCGUAGGAGGCGUUCUGCUUCUCAAAGAGAAUCACAAUCAUCUGCUGGUGGAAAGAUGAGCAUCAGUAAAUGAAUGUAAAUUAAGUAAAAAAAAAUAAAGGGCUUGUUCCGGAA